AAUCGCUAACCGACACGGUGUGACUCGUCUCUCCAAUGUAUCUAUGUAUCUAGAUUGAAUCGAAAACGCUAAAUUCUCAAUAGAACCACCACUGAAAUCGCGGCUUGUUUUUUUGCUGUUGUCCUCGUUGUCAAGUGCUAAACAACGUUAUCGACUCCUGUAAAGGAUAAGGUGUGUUGCAUGCCUCACCAGCUUCCAACUGUGCUCGAAUGAAUCUAUGCUGGCGCAUCGUGGCGGAAGUCGCGUCAGCUCACAAGUACGUGCUAGAUAACAUAACGGAUAUUCUGGGGGUUGCAUCCUCAAAGGGACGACAAACAACGCUUUCAUUUGCAUCCUAGGCGCGGUCGGUUCUAUUGUUUUCGUAUCUAACUCCUUGCAGCAACACAUUUGCAACUUAGAAAGGACAUUCGAGAGUGCAUUUGCAUUGUCUGCAAUAGUACAAAAGCUUUCGAAUUUGAUUGUUGUUUCGGAUCGCUCGAAAAAAAGAUGCGUUAUCAUCCCCUAACGUAGUUUUUGUGCAUUCGGGACCUAGUAUGAGGUGUAUGUGGAGUGCGAACUAAACGAACAUUUGGCGGUGCGUAUUCAUAGAAAAAAGGAUAAAUUUCAGUGAAAUGACCAGCCACUGAAUAGUGUACGAAAACCCUUUGAAAAGGAACUGUAAUGCAACAACGAUACUCCACAUAUCACAGUCACAUAGAAUGGCGACCGCAAAAUUCUUAUCAUAUGUGCUUCCUAUCCUGAUAUCAUGCGUUCACUUACGAGGGCAAGAAAACCGUGUGAUCCUGAAUCAAGGAGAUAUAAUUGGUCUCAAAGUGUUCCCGGAAAUAUCGUCCAGUCCUGUAUAUGUAUUUCUUGGCAUCCCCUACGCACAAGCCCCGAUUGGAGACAAUCGAUUCAAACAUUCACGACCACAUAGUGGAUGGAAUCAGACCCUCUUCGCUAGAAAUUUUAAACCACUGUGCCCACAGCCCACCAAUAGUAUUUACGAUGAGACCGGCGAUGGAAUGCUUAAGCGACCAGUCGAAAUGGACGAGAACUGCCUUUAUCUAAAUAUAUGGAUGCCAGAGAUCAGCAUUCGUCAAGGAAAUCUACCUGUCCUGGUUAUCAUAACCGGUGAAGAAAUGACAUUCGACUGGCCUCAGAAUCGUCCCAAUGGGCUCGAUUUAUCUUCAGAAGGCAUAGUUGUUGUAACUGUUCAGUAUAGAUCAAAUAUAUUCGGCUGGCUGUCCUUGCAAUCUGAAGAUCUUCCCGGAAACUUCGGACUACAUGACCAGGAGCUUGCCUUAAAAUGGAUUCAGCAGAAUAUCCACAAGUUCGGGGGAAAUCCAAAACAAGUCACGCUUCUGGGACAUGGAACCACAGGGGCAACUUGCGCCUUUAUACACCUGAUUAGUCCUAAAUCUGCCGGACUAUUCUCCAAAGCGAUAAUAAUGUCCAGUUCAGCACUUUCGUAUAAAAGUUUUGCGGAUCAGACGCCUUCACAAGAAAUCAUCAGCAAACUGGGAUGUCUAUCAGAGAAUACUCCUGAAAUUUUGCAUUGUCUCCAACAAAAGAGCAUGGAUGACUUGCAGCAAGCUUUCGAGACUAUAUAUAAUAACGGGAAUUAUUCAACAAUGCUAGGACCAAUGCCAGACACCUACCGGCAGCCUCAAGAUCGGUAUCUCCCAACGGAUCCACGUUCUGCUCUGAAAAAUGGACAAUAUAGGUCGAUCCCCACUUUAUUGGGGAUCACCACAAAUGAGGGAGCCUUCAUCCGCGACUAUUGGAUUGACCUAGCCCGGGAAGGAUAUAAAUCUCUUCAAAAAUACAUCGAAUCAACGGUACUCCCUCAUAUCCUUCAGAAGUAUCUUUACAUAGGUGCAUCAAACCAAAACCAAGUCCUGGAAGCCAUCACCUGGCGCUUCUUCGGCCAAUAUCCGGAAAGCCCAAGUUACCUGUUGAACUCAUUGCAGCGUCUCAUCUCUGAAAUUGAGUUUGAAAGUCCGUUCUUUGAUACCAUUGAACUUUUGGCAAAUGCACGUAACCAUGCGAACCUUACGAAAACCGACACUGCAGAGACCUUUCUUUACGCCUUCCAUCAACCAAAUUCAAUGGAUAUGAGAGGGAAGUUGAACCUAUUUGGAGGAUCUGGUCAUUCAUCGGAUCUACCCUUAGUAAUGGGACCAAGUUUGUUUCAACAAAUUUCACGGAGGCGCUUUACAUCGGCUGAGGAUAAACUAUGUCGACAGCUACGGAAAUUUUUCACGGACUUUAUGAAAACUGGGAGUCCUACACCUGGACGCAUCUAUGAUGCUUGGUACUCCUACACAAGUGACAGAAAAUUUAUCAAAACCCUGGGAGAGUAUAUAGAAACUGAGGGUGGGGGUGGCUCGGCUACUAGUCAAUUUGAACGAAAUCUCCCAAUUAUAGAGGAAAUGUUGCAGAAAUCAGUUGUAGGUAGUGCAGCUACAUCCGUGUCAAACAGUGAAGAGGUCCUCAAUCCCUACAGACUGAAAGGAAGGGAAAAUCAAAGUUCAAGGACUGCGAAAAAUUCUUAUUUGGGGAAUCGUCACGACUACGAGUAUUACCGUCAUUUGAAGAAGGUCUACUCCUUCUGGAACGUCCUGCUGCCAAGCAUCUCGCCACCAAUCCUGCAAUUUAAUCCAACAAAUACUUCUGUGGAACGAAGCGGCCGCGAAAUUGAUGUCUAUGAUAUCAAGUACCGUCAUGCCUUCUUUUCUAUGUUAACGGUGGUAUGCCUUCUACUUGCGAUCCUUGGAGUUUGUGUCUACAUAUUGAAUAAGAACCGGAACAACUUUGAUACGAGCUUAUGACAAAGACUGUUUGUCCGAUCGAAGCUUUUCGAUCGAAAGAUUUGGCAGAGAAGGCCGAAAACCAUGCCACUUACCCCAAAAGAGGAACAACCCCCCAUUGUACAGAAAAAACGACCCAGACAACGUUUAGAUCCUGCGGAAAUGGGAGAGAAACCGAAUGAUGCUCGCAAUGAAAACCUAGAUACAAUUUCAUAUGCUCUGGACGAUGAAAUUGAGGUUCGAAAUUGGCGAUACCAUCUCACGAAUGAUAGACUUUAAGUGUUGAAAAUGUCCUUAUUUUCAGUAAUGUUAAGUUAAGUGUUAAAGUGUGAUUUUCACUGUACCAAAGACAUUCUAGGCUCAAAAAUAUUUUACUUAAUUAUAUCUCACAGGACCUAGUUUUAUAAGUAUUGUAUUAGGCUUUUCAGUAGGGAGGUGGGGGCUUAUUUUCUGAAGUUUUUAUUGUAGUUUUUUCUAGAGCUCUACGAAAAGCUACAACCUUACUUACGUCAUCCACCAAAUUCUUGCUAACUUCAAACUCCAUAAGGCACCAAACUUUCUCAG